GUCAGGGGAGCACGAGAGCCAAUCUGCUUGAGCACGUAGACGAUCGUAACUCAGAAAGCCCCCCGUCUCUCUCGCGAGCUGCCGUCUCCCCUCACAGCACAGCGCGCGCUUCUGCUGACUCAGUGCCUUAACGCACCCGGUUAUACUCGCCGCCGAACGGAACUGCGACGCGCGCGCUCAGACACCACAGAACCGUCCGCCACCGCACCAACACCAUCAGACAUGGCAAAGACUGCGAUCGCCUACAAGGAGAAGAUGAAGGAGCUCUCCCUCAUCAACCUCAUCUGUUCGUGUUUCCACACGGAGGCCAAAAACAACCUGAUGGGCCACUUUGAAGCAGACAUGGAGGUGAAGCCCAUUAACAAGCGGGCCUCGGGGCAGGCGUUCGAGGUGAUCCUGAAGUCGCCCUCCCCCACCUCGGACGGCAGCUACAGCAUCACCACCCCCCCCAAGAAGAGGGACGUCUCCCUGGAGGACAUCCAGAAGAAGCUGGAGGCAGCGGAGGACCGCCGGAGAUCCCAGGAGGCGGCGGUGCUGAAGGCGCUGGCGGAGAAGAGAGAGCAUGAGCGAGACGUGCUGAUGAAGGCGAUGGAGGAGAACUCCAACUUCAGCCGUCUGGCCGAGGAGAAGCUCACCGUCAAGAUGGAGCAGAUCAGGGAGAACAGGGAGGCCUACAUCGCCGCCAUGAUGGAGCGCCUGCAGGAGAAGGAGAGGCAUGCCCAGGUGGUUCGCAGGAACAAAGAGCUGAGGGAAGAGCUGACAGCAUGAACACAUCUCCCCACCACUACUACCCUCCACACACACACACACACACACACACACACACACACACACACACACACACACACACCCUUCCCCUCCUCGCUGCAGCCUGAUGAAAAGCCUUGGACACCGCGAGGGAUUCUCCACCUGCCCAUGUGACCUCACCAUGACCCCAUAAGCCCCGCCCCCUGCCCUUUGACCUGCGUCACCAUGCCAACAGCAUUAUAUGCCAACAGCGCUGAAACAUAAAAGAGUUGCUACGACGACUGCGACCCGUCCCACUCCCCCACCAACGAAUGUUUUUGCUCGAUUUUGAAAAAAAAAAAAAAACACAAAAGUGAAAAGUGGGUCUUGUUUGUUUUUUUUGUAAAUACUUCCUUUUUUGUUAUAUACGAGAUGAAGAGUAUUGCGGUGUGCCAUUUUAUAAUUUCCCCCCCUCUCUCUCUCUCUCUCUCUCUCUCUCUCUCUCUCUGUCUCUCUCUCUCUGAUCGG